AUGGCUGCUUCACAAGCUGCUCUGCCAUUUCUAUCUCGGGCAGUGACAAACCAAACUUACACACAUUUAAGCUCAACUGCUCUGAUUUCCUUUAAAUCGAGUUUCAAAAUACGGCAGCACAAACACUACUUGUUCUCACCACAGAAGGGCAAGAAGAUAUGUCGCAAUUUAUACACCAGAAGCCAUGUGAUCGGGAUUCAUAGUAGAAUUUCCAGAAAAAAGCUAGAUGUUCAGGCAAAAUCUUGGCGUCGUUAUUGUUCUGGGGCUGAAAAUGUUCGAGAGGCAUUUGAAGAGAAUGGCGUGGCCAGGGAAGCUAGCAAUCAAGUUCCUGAGUCUUCACAUUAUGUGGACUAUGGAAAGAAAUUACAUUCAAAAGCAAUUAGUGACACAUUUGGUGAAGUUGUUGCCGAUUCUUUGGAGGAUGAAGCUUGGAAUUUGUUGCGGGCAUCGGUUGUGUAUUAUGGUGGGAAUCCAGUUGGUACAAUUGCUGCGAAUGACCCAAGUGACUCGAAUAUGCUCAACUAUGAUCAAGUCUUUAUCCGUGAUUUUAUACCUUCCGGGAUUGCUUUCUUAUUAAAGGGUGAAUAUGAAAUUGUCAAGAAUUUCAUUCUGAAUACUCUUCAGCUACAGAGUUGGGUGAAAACAAUGGAUUGCCAUAGUCCUGGACAAGGGUUAAUGCCGGCAAGUUUCAAAGUUCGUGUCAUGCCAUCAGAUGGUGAUGAUUCCAAAACUGAAGAGGCCUUAGAUCCCGACUUUGGUGAGGCGGCAAUUGGGCGGGUGGCCCCAGUGGAUUCUGGCUUGUGGUGGAUCAUAUUGUUACGUGCAUAUGGAAAAUGCAGUGGGGACUUCUCUGUCCAGGAAAGAGUUGAUGUACAGAUUGGCAUCAAGAUGAUCUUACGGCUCUGUUUGACUGAUGGUUUUGACAUGUUUCCGACACUAUUAGUAACGGAUGGGUCGUGCAUGAUCGAUCGCCGCAUGGGUAUCCAUGGCCAUCCACUCGAAAUCCAGUCACUAUUUUAUUCAGCACUGCUUUGCGCGCGGGAGAUGCUAUCUCCGGAGGACCGUCGUACGGACCUCAUGACGGCCCUAAACAACCGACUGGUGGCUCUGUCCAUUCACAUACGCGAGUAUUACUGGAUAGACAUGAGGAAGCUGAAUGAGAUUUAUCGGUACAAGACAGAAGAGUACUCUUAUGAUGCAGUGAACAAGUUCAACAUAUACCCGGAUCAGAUCCCCCCCUGGCUCGUCAGCUGGAUGCCUGACAAUGGUGGUUACCUCAUCGGGAACCUCCAGCCGGCCCACAUGGACUUCCGUUUCUUUUCUUUGGGGAAUUUGUGGGCCAUAGUCUGUGGGCUCGCGACGGUGGACCAGUCGCACGCGAUAUUGGAUCUCGUGGAGGCCAAAUGGGAUGACCUUGUGGCGGGUAUGCCAAUGAAGAUAUGUUACCCCGCCCUUGAGAGCCAGGAGUGGCGGAUCAUCACGGGCUGUGACCCCAAAAACACUCCUUGGUCUUACCACAAUGGAGGUUCUUGGCCAACUUUGCUCUGGCAGCUAACUGUGGCAUGCAUGAAAUUGAAGCGACCAGAAAUCGCUAUGAACGCGAUUAAGGUUGCCGAAAAGCGUAUAGCUAGGGACAGAUGGCCCGAAUACUAUGACACCAAAGGGGCAAGGUUCGUAGGGAAGCAGGCGCGUCUUUACCAGACGUGGUCCAUCGCAGGUUAUCUGGUGGCCAAACUCCUGGUUGAAAACCCCAGUGCCGCCAACAUCUUGGUCAACUAUGAGGAUGACGAGCUACUGAGUGUGUUCUCAUCGACCCUCAGUGAAAACCCAAGGGGCAAACGCAAGAAGGGGCCAAAACAGAGUUUUAUUGUCUGA